AUGAUGCGAGGCGAGAUCCCUUCAAGGCACCGCCAGGCUUUCGGUCAGCGACGACUUGCAAAGAACCCAAGUCUCCAGCGCAAGCUCGAGCAGAUGGCCCUACCUCUGGCACCUCUCGUCCAGCUCACCACAGGCGCCGUCCAUCCGUCAUUUCCAACCACCGUCCUCAACUUCUGGCUUCUCACUGACGAGCAGCUCGAGUCGCUGGCUCACUUCUACCACCAAAGGACACCCAACCCUUGGACAAACCAAUACCCGUGCCCGGUCAACUGGCGGUCCGAUCUGCCUCUCGAGGAGAAGCGUCGCAAGAUGGGCAAGUUCAUCGGGCUCAGAGGCUGCGAAUCACCUAUCCUGCUCAAGACUGAGGAAGAGAUCUUGGCAGAGGCACGUAAAGCGAGACUUGCUGCCGAAGAGGACCUUUGGAGGCGAAAGCACUUUUCCUGA